CACACACACACACACCACACACACACACACACGCAACCAGGCAAGCCAAGAAGCUGCGCCCGGGCGCGAUGCAGGGCGCCAGCCGCCGCUUUGCAGCUGCCGAGAGGCUCCUCCGACACCCAGGCCGGGCUCGGGGCAGUGGCAGCUGCUGAAGAGGGAAGGAGGCCGGGCCGGCGCCGGCGCCCCAAACUUCGCCCUUUUGCCUUGACAGGGCGCGCCUUUUCUUCCUCCCUCCCCUCGCCGCCCCAUGGAGACGCUGAGCGCCGUGAGGGCGAAAGUAGGGACCAGGAGCCCCGGCGGCUGCGAAGCGGGCGGCACCGGCGAGCCCCAGCCCGCGCCGUCCUCGAGUCCUGCCGGCCGAGGCUCUCCGGCGCACACGGCGCCGGACUCGCCCGCUUAUCGACUGGAGGAUCUGGAGACCUUAGCCACUGUCGGGACAGGUACUUUUGGGCGGGUUCAUCUGGUGAAAGAGAAAUCGGCCAAAUGCUACUUUGCAUUGAAAGUAAUGAGCAUUCCAGAUGUCAUUCGACUAAAACAAGAACAGCAUGUGCACAAUGAAAAAGCGGUCUUGAAAGAAGUGAAUCAUCCAUUUCUGAUCAGAUUAUUUUGGACUUACCAUGAUGAACGCUUUCUCUAUAUGCUGAUGGAAUAUGUACCUGGGGGUGAACUUUUUAGUUAUCUGCGCAACAUGGGACGCUUUAAUAACAGCACUGGACUGUUUUAUUCUGCAGAGAUUAUUUGUGCAAUAGAAUAUCUUCAUUCAAAAGAAAUUGUUUACAGAGACUUAAAGCCUGAAAAUAUUUUACUAGACAAAGAGGGGCAUAUAAAACUCACCGAUUUUGGAUUUGCUAAAAAGCUGGUUGAUAGGACAUGGACGCUCUGUGGGACCCCGGAAUAUCUUGCCCCAGAAGUCAUACAGAGUAAAGGUCACGGAAGAGCAGUAGAUUGGUGGGCCCUUGGCAUUCUGAUAUUUGAGAUGCUGUCUGGGUUUCCUCCAUUCUUUGAUGACAACCCUUUUGGAAUAUAUCAGAAGAUUCUUGCUGGUAAAAUAGAUUUCCCCAGGCAUCUGGAUUUAUAUGUAAAGGAUCUUAUUAAAAAACUUCUUGUGGUUGACCGAACAAGACGGCUCGGAAACAUGAAGAAUGGAGCUGAUGAUGUGAAGAGGCACAGAUGGUUCAGGUCUGUAGACUGGGAUGCUGUACCACAGAGAAAAUUAAAGCCUCCUAUAGUCCCGAAGGUAUCAAAUGAUGGUGAUACAUCCAACUUUGAAGCUUAUCCUGAAGAUGACUGGAACAAAAUGCCUCCUGUACCUCCUAAAGAUUUAGAAAUUUUCAAGAACUUCUAAAUGUGAGACACAAAAUGUCAUUAAGAAACUGGAAGAUUAUUAAUGUGCUAGUUGGGAACCGGCAAAGAAGAACUUGAAAAAAGUUAUGAAGAAUUUCUUUGAAAUGAGUGAAAGAAUGUUACUUUGUUAUUCAUAAAGAUAUAAUGUUAAAAGUUGGGAAAGGAUCAAUAAGUUUAGUUGUAUAGAUUUGGCAUUAGUUCAGUAAACUAAAAUACUGAAGCGCCUACCCUGAGGUGUAGACUUUGAAACUGUUAUAGUUUUUUGGGUUGUUUUUUUUUAAAAAAGAAACAGUUAUUUUUAGUUUUGUUUCUUGCUAUGCCCAAAUAUUUCUGCAUAGUUAUCUCAUUGACUAACUUUAUAAGUUUAUACUAAGAUUGUCAUUUAAAGCACAGAUUAGAAUAUGUGUAUAUAAAGAAAUCAAUACAGAAAAAGGCACAGAAACUGUGCUGAAAUGUAAAUUUUUGUACUUUACAGAGUCUAUGGUUUUUAUUCUUAAAUGUUUUUUCAAGAUGCCCCCUAGAAAAAGAAAAUCUUAAAAUGAUCAAUAGGUUUUUCAGCAUCUUCUAUACGUUUUAUAAUUCUUUGUAAAAAGAAAUAUACAAGUAAAUUUUGAGAAAAUUGUAACAUUUCCAGUGCUCCACACCUGCAGCCCUACUAUUUGAAAGCUGAAAGAUAAAGGGCCUGUAUGUUUUGUUUAGAUUGCAUAAUGUUUUCUUUAUGAAGUUGAGUUGAAAUUAUGUCCAUGCAAAUCAUGGUUCUUGAUUACUGCAGACUAUGUAAAGUGUUUUUCAUUAACUAUAUGAAAUCAUGGCAAGAUCGUACCUGUUGGUAAGGUGUGUUCUCUGAGUUUAGGUUUAGAAUCGUUGCACUUACAGGGACCUGAAGAUCAUCUAAAUAAAUCUUCUGCCGUAUGCACUGUUUCAUACAUGAAUUACCAUCACUGAAUAACUGCAACCUAAGGUGAUGGCUUGGUGCAUGAAACAUUCACCACAGAUCAACUGCUACAAUCAGAUUUCACAUUACAUAAGUAUCACUUCAGGAAACAAGGCUAUUCACAUGGUCAUCAUCAUGAAAAUUAAUGAACAUCCUUGAGUGUAAAUUAAAAUUCUUCAGAUUCUGAAGUAGAAUCUUCACAAUGUCAUUGCCAUUUAUACUGCUGAAAUAAACCAGAAUAUGUAGAAUUAGGAUUACAUAUUUACAAGAUCCCAAGGUUGAGCUCAACAGGCAAGGAGAACCUGUGGCCUUGUAGAUAUGGUUGAGCUACAAGUCCCAUCCCUUUGAUCAUUGGCCAUAUCAGCUGGGACUGACUAGAGUUGGAAAUCCAACAUAUGUAGAGUUAUGAUGUGUGGAAGUUCUUUGAGCUGUUCAAACCUAGUACCACUACUAGGAUUUAAGCCUACUGAUUUCUGGCAAGCUUAUCUUUGAACUGGCAUGUAUGUUUAAAAAUAAAAUUUCAGCAGUUGUGCAUUC